AGGUGAAGUCCACAAGCAGUAUGGCACUUGUUAGUCUAAGGCGAUGCCUCGGUGCAGUGUUGAAGAAUGGAGCCGCUAUGGUACAAACAAGGUCAUACUCAGCUGCAAGUGGCUACCUAAAAGUAACCACUGAGAAUGAUAUUGCCACCAUAGCCAUGGACAAGAAGCCUGUUAACAGUUUAAACCUAGAGUUCCUCACAGAACUAAGCUUAACCCUCGAGAAGCUAGAAAAUGAAAAGUGCAAAGGUCUCAUACUGACAUCCGCUCUCCCAAAAAUCUUUUCUGCAGGCUUAGAUAUUCUUGAGAUGUAUCAGCCCAAGGAGGAAAGACUGAGACAAUUCUGGAGUACAUUGCAAGAUGUCUGGCUGAGACUUUAUGGCUCACCACUAGUUACAAUUGCUGCCAUAUCAGGUAUUGUUGCUCCAUUCUGGUUUGUUGACACUAUGCACAAUGUGGUUGGUCACAGACAGACUGAAAUGGCUCUCCAGCUUGGGACAAUGUUUAGUUCUCAAGAGGCAUUGUCCAUUGGGCUAGUGGAUCGAGUAGUUGGAGAAGGGGAAACUGUAGAUGCUGCCAAAAAGGAAAUGUCACAAUGGGUCAAAAUUCCAGGCUAUGCUCGUCAGCUAUCAAAGAUGCAGCUUCGGAAACCCACAAUUGACAAACUUGUUGCUAGAAAAGAAGAUGACAUUAAUUAUUUUGCAACAUUCAUUACAAAAGAUGGCGUCCAAAAAGCAAUGGGGAUGUAUCUUGAAAGUUUAAAGAAGAAGUAAUUCUCGGAAAAUCAACAGUGAAGAAAUCAACAGAAAUCAACUCAAUAGUAACAUGAUAUAAUGACAUAGAGGUAUUUUUUAUAUAAUGUAACAAGCUAUCAAUGAUGUACACCAUGAAAUACAAAAAUCAGUACCAUUUCAUGACAUGCCCGGGUAGCAUUUAUGUUGACAUUAAUUAAUCAUUUAUUGUAUGUCACACUAACCCUAAAACGGUUAGGCGAUAGAGAAUUACACCAACGGUUAGGGAGGGGGUAGAUCUGCCCCCCCCCCUAUGAUCUCAGAAACCGACAAUCACAGGAGGAUGUAUAAUCUAUCAUUGGAAAGGUUAUUCGAUUCCCAGUAUUUUGAGCCUACUUAUAUU